CUUUUGCACCGUCUAUGCAAACACAUUACAUUGUUCUGAGCUGUACAGUAUGUAGAGAGAUCGUUAGUCAAAGUCAAUGGUUAUCGUGGUAAAGAAAGUAGAAAAGAGAUAGAAAAGGGUUGGUAGACGUGUAUGAAUUUGCAAGCGUUAGAACAAGAACAAAAACGCGUGAAGGGUAAAGUUGGAGGAUUGCAGCCAUAGAUAAUGCAUAUUAGGUUGGAUAUCGGUCGAUUGAUACCAAGAAAAAAAACAGUGAGAAAAGAAAGAGAGCAAGAUGAGGAGAAGUGUGCUUCCCUCUCUAUUGUUCAUCCUCUGUCUACUUCAGCCAUCUGAAGGUGAACACAUUGGCAUUUACUGGGGUCAAAAGGCCAAUGAGGGAAACCUGACAGAAACGUGUGCAACAGGAAAAUACUCCUACGUCAACAUAGCCUUCCUUUCCACCUUUGGGAAUGGCCAAACCCCAAAACUGAACCUGGCUGGUCAUUGUGACGCAUCUACUAAUGGGUGCACUGAGAUGGGAAGAGAAAUUAGAAAUUGUCAAAAGCAAGGGAUCAAGGUGAUGCUUUCUAUUGGAGGAGGAACUGAUGAUUACUCUAUAACUUCCCUUGAGGAUGCCAAGAAUGUUUCCGACUACUUGUGGGACAAUUUCCUGGGUGGUUCAUCCUCAUCACGCCCAUUUGGGGAUGUUGUCUUAGAUGGCAUUGACUUUGACAUACAGGCAGGUGAAUCAUCAUUCCUGGGAAACCUUUCUCUUCAACUCAUUUCAUAUUCACAGACACGUAAAGUGUACCUGUCAGCAGCUCCUCAGUGUCCAUUUCCUGAUGCUAGGUUGGAUUCAGUCCUUGCUACUGGCGUUUUUGACUAUGUCUGGAUACAAUUCUACAACAAUCCUCCAUGCCAAUAUACCGACAACAAUUUCGACAACCUCCUUAAAGCAUGGAACCUUUGGUCCACCUCAUUGAAGGCAGGGAAAAUGUUUCUGGGGUUACCAGCAGAUCAAACUGCAGCUGGAAGCGGUUAUGUUCCGGCUGAUGUAUUAGUUUCUAAGAUCUUGCCUGAGAUUAAAAAGUCAUCAAAUUAUGGAGGUGUUAUGUUGUGGUCAAGGUACGAGGAUGAAACGAGUGGAUACAGCUCCUACAUUCAAAAUUUUCACUUAAAUCAGACGGUAGAUUCUCUAUGCACACAGCAAAGCCUUCGUGCAUGCAGGAGCUCUGAAGGUGGUUUUGUGGAAAGUUUUGGUAACAUGUCCAACGUUGGCAUACAAGUUUAUGCCGGCAGCAAUGGUACGCAGUGCUGUGAGAUCAUAUGUAGGAACAAUUGUUCGUGUCAAGCAUAUGCCCCAACAAACCGCAAAAACAAUACCGGAUGCCAGAUAUGGCUCAAAGGAACAGAAUUCGUUAGAGCUUCUGCAGACAAAUCACUGCCUAUCUAUGUUUCUGUUGCACUGCUCCCAGAAGACAAAGUAAACCGGUGGUACAUAUGGCUCAUCGUUGGGGUGGCAGCAGCAUUUGCAAUACCUGUAAUUUUCUCUUCAUGGCGUGCCUUGUGGAGAAACUACAAAGCUAAAGUGGAGAGAAAGAAGAUGCAGGAGAAGUUAUUACUUGAUAUUGGAGGUAAUUCUAGAAAAAGUAAGAACAAGGGAAAGACAAGCAAUGGGGUUGAAAUAUUCACCUUUGAAACCAUUGUUGCUGCAACAGAGAAUUUCUCAGCGGCCAAUAAGCUAGGAGAGGGUGGAUUUGGUCCUGUUUAUAAGGGAACACUGCGUGAUCAGCAAGAAGUAGCAAUCAAGCGACUUUCUAAAAGUUCAGGACAAGGGGUGAUAGAAUUUAAGAAUGAAGCCAAACUUAUGGCCAAACUCCAACACACUCAUCUUGUAAAGCUUCUAGGGUUCUGCAUCCAGAGAGAUGAAAGAAUAUUGGUUUAUGAAUACAUGCCUAACAAGAGCUUAGAUUUCUACCUAUUUGAUUCAACUAGAAAGAAUUUGCUAGACUGGGAAAAACGGUUGAACAUCAUUGGAGGCAUUGCUCAAGGACUUCUUUAUCUGCACAAGUACUCGAGACUAAAGGUGAUACAUCGAGAUCUGAAAGCAGGUAAUAUAUUACUUGAUCACGAGAUGAAUCCUAAGAUAUCUGACUUUGGCAUGGCUCGAAUAUUCGGUGUAAGAGCAUCAGAAGAAAACACAAACAGAGUUGUUGGUACAUAUGGAUACAUGGCUCCAGAGUAUGCAAUAAAUGGUGUUGUGUCCAUCAAAAUAGAUGUAUUCAGCUUUGGUGUGCUGCUGCUAGAAACACUUAGUGGCAAGAAAAAUAACAGUCGUUAUGAUUCGGAUCGUCCACUCAACCUCAUAGGAUACGCGUGGGAGCUCUGGAAUGAAGGCAGAGCUCUGGGGUUGAUAGACCCAGAUUCGUAUGAACUAUGUCCUCAGAAUGCAAUUUUGAGAUGUAUUCAUAUCGGCCUGCUGUGUGUACAAGAUCAAGCAACAGAUAGACCAACCAUGGAAGACAUUGUUUCAUUUCUAUCAAAUGAUACAAUGCAACUUCCCCAACCAAAGCAGCCAGCGUUCUUCAUCAAUGUGGUUGUGGAAGACUCUGUGCUUCCUUACAGCAGACAAGAACUUCAUUCCUCAAAUGACUUAACACUUUCUAGCACACAUGGAAGAUAAUUCUACAAUUGUGUUGCACCAUCA